AUGCAACCGGCUUACUUGGCGGCAAAACAUCCACUGAUACUGAUAAGCGACGCGAGCAUUCGUAUGCAAGAGGAUACUCUGCUUGAUAUGGUGCAACAUUUGAGAGACGACGUUGCGAUUGUUCAUCAAAUGCCAUUUACGUGUGAUGCGGAGGGAUUUGCCGGUGUUUACGAAAAGGUAUACUUCGGUACUGUUCAGGCUCGAAUGUACCUCGGUGCUGAAUUUUUGGGAAUAAGUUGCCAUGUUGGAAUGUCAUCGCUUAUACGACGAUGCGCUCUGGAGGAGGCGGGUGGACUGGCAGCUUUUGGCGAAUAUCUUGCCGAGGAUUACUUCAUGGCAAAAGCAGUGGUAUCGCGUGGAUGGCGAAUGCGUGUGGCAUCCUUGCCUGCGUUACAAAAUUCUGGAACACGAUCAGUGCGUGCAUUCCAAGCGAGACUGACGCGUUGGGCGCAGUUAAGGAUCGCCAUGGUGCCCACUACAACGUUGCUUGAGCUCCUAAGUGAGUGCUUCCCACUUGGCGCGGGCGCUGCCUGGGCGUCUGAAAAGUUGUUUGGCGCAGAACCGUUACCCUUCUUCUUAGUACAUGUGCUUGUGUGGUUCCUGUCUGACUGGUUGAUGCUCCGUUCAGUCCAGAAUGGAUCACUACCAUUUACAAAAGUGCAGUUCCUUCUUGGCUGGGUGUGGAGUGAAUGCUGUGCGCCAUUCGUUCUCAUUGUUGCUCUUCUAAGGCCUGAAAUCUCGUGGCGGACUCGGUGCUACCGUCUUGACUGGGGUGGUCGUGCACAUGAGCUCAAACCCAAGCUCAAAAUUUGA